AUGUCCAUUGCCGUCGCCGCUUCCAUACCCGUGGUGUAUUGCGCAGCCUACUAUGGCCUUGUUGACCUGGCUCGAAUCGAAUCGGGUGAGAGCAUUUUGAUUCAUGCAGCAUCAGGUGGUGUUGGUCAAGCUGCCAUCCAUUCAGUGGAGUUGACAUUGGUAGCGGGCGAGCGACCCAGGUUGAUGAGUCGGAUCAUGGGGAACGUUAUGAACCUCUUGAGACGAAAGGUUGUAUAUCCCAUAGGUCCAAUCACAGAAACAAGCAUCGACCAAGUAGGAACAUCUUUGCGAAAGCUGCAAAGUGGAAAAACAUCUGGAACGGUCAUUGUCAACCAUUCACAGCCAGCAAAGGUCAAGGCCACGCACCCGACCAUGCCUGUCAACGUGCUUGGUCCAAAUGCGACUUACCUCAUCAUCGAAGGCACAGGUGGUAUUGCGUGUGCCAUUGCUACAAAGCUCGUCCAGCAGGGUGCCUGUGACAAGGGCUCGUUAUAG